AUGACCACCGCCGCCCGCCAGUUCCGCGUUGCCGCCGCUCAAAUCGAGGCAGUCUUCUACGAUGCCCAGGCAAACCUCGCACGUAUCCUUGCCACCAUCGAAGAAGCUGCCGCCGGAGGCGCUCGUCUAGUCGUCUUCUCUGAACUCGCACUGAGCGGCUACCCUUUCCACAUCUGGGCCCUCCCGUACGGAGAACAAGUCCCGCUCAUAACCGGAUUUUACACCAAAGCCGCCGUUGAAGCCGACGGCCCCGAGAUGGAAUCCAUCCGCGCGUGCUGCAUCAAGAACUCGAUCCGCGCCGUGGUCGGGUUCUCGGAGCGAGACGGCGGGUCGCUGUACAUGUCGCAGUGGCUUGUAGGACCUGAGGGAGACGUUGUUGUGAGGAGGAAGUUUAGGCCGACGUCGAUGGAGAGGAUCGUCUUUGGCGACGGCGACGGCUCCGACAUUAAGGUGCACAAGACCGAGCUCGGCAAUGUCGGCGUCUUGCAGUGCUGGGAGCACGCCCAGUCGCUCCUCAAAUACGCCAUGUCGUCUCAGCACGAAGAGGUUCACUGCGCCAGCUGGCCUGUCUUCCCCUCCGAACUCCCACACCACUCCCUCUCUCGCUCAUCGAACGCCGCAGUCCUCACCGCCUACGCAGUCGAGACAGGCACGUUCGUCGUCUCGGCUUCCUCCUUCCUCUCGCCGCAAAACCUCGAGAAAGUCUUCGGCGAGAAGGAGAAGAUCCUGAGUCUUGGGGGAGGGUACACGACGAUCCUUGACCCGGAGGGACGAACGCUUGCGCUUGCGGAGCCUGACAAGAACGAGAUCAUCUACGCCCAUGUCGACCUCGACGCGUGCUACAAAGCGCGCUCGAUGCUCGAUCCGACGGGCCACUACAGCCGCACGGACGUCUUCCAGGUACACUUCGACAUGACCCCCCGGCACAUCAUCAACGUAGCGGGCCCCGUCUCUCGCUCGUCCGCUCCCGCCUCGAACCCGCCUCCGUUCCGCCAACUCCGCCGCACAAUGUUCGACCAAUCCAGCGUCUCGAGCGCUUCGAAGAAGAAGAAGGCGGUAAUGCCGGAGGUGAACGGUGGCGCGAAGGAGACGAAGCAUGAGGGAGACGGAGCGGAGGUUGCGAGCGUUCAAGGGACGGCAUGA